AUGGACGACACUCCCAAACCACGAUUCCGCACAGACAAUAACAGUUCACAAACCUUCAUAUUGCCCGAUGGACGAAGUUUAGGUUAUGCGCAAUAUGGUGCGUUAACGGGGAAACCCAUAUUGUAUCAACAUGGCCAUCCAGCCUCUCGCUUGGAGGCUGCUGGUUUCGAUGAUCUUGGCCUUGAACUAGGAGCUCGUAUCAUCGCUAUGGAUAGACCUGGCUUUGGUUGGAGUUCGCCACAUCCUGGUCGAAAACUCCUUGACCACCCGAAGGAUAUAGAACAUCUAGCAAACCAUCUUGGCCUGGAUCAUUACAGUGUUUUGGGAAUAUCAGGAGGUGGACCAUAUGCACUUGCUUGCGCGGCAGCAUUGCCUGCCGAAAAGCUCAGGUGUGUAUCGAUUGUAUGCGGCAUGGGACCGCCUGACAUCGGUAUGAAAGGGGCAGAUUUCAUUCACAAGCUUGGGUUCGCAGGUGGAUAUCGCUAUACUCCCAUGAGUAUCCUUCGAUGGUUUGCCAAAUGGUUUUGGUCUAGAGAUCUGGCCGGACGCUUAGAUCUGAGUGAUGAGAAGCGUCUUGAACUUUUGCUUCAGCAACCAAUCGCCCAUGAAAAGGACGCCGAUUUCUUAAAAACCGACUGGCCCCGUUUAUACCUGCGUUCGACCCGAGAAAGCUUCGCGCAGGGAUUUGAUGCCAUAGCAGAGGAUGGAAAGGUUAUGUGCAUGGACUUGGGUUUUAAAAUAGAGGAUAUUCGCCCAGACUUACCAGUGCAACUGUGGUAUGGAAAGUUCGAUACUUUCGUUCCGCCCAAUCAUGGUGUGCAGAUCGCCGCGCGAUUGGGGAACAGAGCACAUCUCAAACUGGAAGACGAGACACAUGGAAGCAUAGUCGUGAAUUGCAUCAGAGAGGUGUUUGAGGAUUUACUGAGCAGCAGUUGA